GGCGCCUGCUUUGUCAGAGCGAUCGAUGCUACAUGCUAGCAGAUAGCUUUUGUUGUGAUUGAACAUUGAAGGAUUUAUUUCUAGUCCAGUAGCUUCGAUUUUGAAAUAUCGUUCGUUAAGACACUUUGCACAAUGAGUGGUGGAGUGUAUGGAGGCGAUGAAGUGGGAGCGUUGGUGUUUGACAUCGGUUCGUAUUCUGUAAGAGCUGGCUAUGCGGGAGAAGAUUGUCCCAAGGCGGACUUCCCAACAGUGAUCGGUGUUACUAUUGACCGGGAUGAUGGCAGUACACCCAUGGAAACGGACGGAGACAAGAGCAAGCAGAGCGGCACCACCUACUACAUCGAUACCAAUCAGCUCAGGGUUCCCAGGGAGAGCAUGGAGGUCAUGUCUCCCCUAAAGAACGGCAUGAUUGAGGACUGGGACAGUUUCCAGGCAAUUUUGGAUCACACGUAUAAGAUGCACUUCAAGUCUGAACCCAGCCUACAUCCUGUGCUCAUGUCAGAAGCAUCGUGGAACACGCGGGCAAAACGAGAGAAGCUUACAGAGUUGAUGUUUGAGCAUUACAACAUUCCUGCCUUCUUCCUCUGUAAAUCAGCUGUACUGUCUGCCUUUGCCAAUGGGCGGUCCACAGGUCUGGUCCUGGACAGCGGAGCUACACACACAACAGCAAUCCCUGUGCAUGAUGGCUAUGUCCUUCAGCAAGGCAUUGUGAAGUCACCUUUGGCUGGUGAUUUCAUGAGCAUGCAGUGUCGGGAGUUGUUUCAAGAGUUAAGUGUGGAGAUAAUCCCUCCCUACAUGAUUGCAUCAAAGGAUCCAGUGCGGGAGGGAUCCCCGGCCAGCUGGAAGAAAAAGGAGAAACUACCUCAAGUCACUCGGUCUUGGCACAACUACAUGUGUAAUUGUGUAAUCCAGGAUUUCCAGGCGUCUGUCCUGCAGGUGUCAGACUCUCCAUACGAUGAACAAGUUGCUGCUCAGAUGCCCACAGUCCAUUAUGAACUCCCUAAUGGCUACAACUGUGACUUUGGUGCGGAGAGACUAAAGAUCCCAGAGGGACUGUUUGACCCCUCUAAUGCCAAAGGCCUGUCUGGAAACACCAUGUUAGGAGUUGGCCACGUGGUGACGACCAGUGUAGGAAUGUGUGACAUUGACAUUCGACCGGGUCUGUACGGCAGUGUGGUGGUGACGGGAGGAAACACACUCAUCCAGGGCUUCACUGACCGUUUGAACAGAGAACUUUCCCAGAAAACCCCUCCAAGCAUGAGACUGAAGCUGAUUGCCAACAACACUACGGUGGAGCGCCGGUUCAGUGCGUGGAUAGGAGGCUCCAUCCUGGCAUCACUGGGAACUUUCCAGCAGAUGUGGAUCUCAAAACAGGAAUAUGAAGAAGGAGGAAAGCAGUGUGUGGACAGAAAGUGUCCUUGAUUUGACAUCCAGUCUCAACCUUCCCUUCUCCAUCUUCUUCUAGCUCAACAUCAUGAGGAGUCAACCUCUGACCCAGACUCAGGAACAGUCAGCUCUCAUUUUGUAUGAUUUGUUUUUAAAUCUGAGUUGGUCGCUUGUCAGGAUCUUAAAAAAAAAAAAA